UAAAACAAAUGUUGUAGGUCUCGGCUUGGCAGCAGUUCAGACUCCACAUCGUUCACAGCUAAAUACCCAUCAGUAACGAGUGAGGAGUUGGCUGCACAAUCAGUAACUCUGGUACUGACUGUGGUGAAGCUGCUUGGUUCACAGAAAGCAGAGUUUAUGCUGGAGUACAGACAGAUGCUGAGCAAUCCAUCCAUCAUGAACCACAUUGUCCGCUGCCAACGCUCAAGCAAUCCUGAAUACGUGUCCCGAGCCGUGACAGUCUUGUGUGAAGGAACAGUGCCCAGUGAAAGCAUGACUUCCCUCAUCAAAGCCUUUGAAGAGUCUAACUUGUCGACACAUUCCACACUGAGCGGUGACUUUGAGCCCAGUAGACGGGACGGCACGUGCUGGUCCCGCUCCCAGUCCUUCCCCCCGAGCUGUGAGGAGAAGGUCAACAAUAUGAUUGCGCGACUGAAGGGCACCAUAGAUAAGACAGAGGUUGGUUGGCUGGUAGGACAGCUUGGUGAGAAAGAGUUUGGCGAAACUUUUGGUGAGAUUUGACUUUGACCUUGACUU